AUGAGCAAGCAGCUCUUCGAAGCAAUUCAAAAAAUCGUCCGCGAAAUCGAUCCUGCCGAGUCGAUCCUUCAAUUGAGCUCGACCAACUUGGAUAUCAAGAUUUAUUUGAAGGUAAAAAGCUGAUUUCUCAAACAGAAAAGAUCGUUUUAAAAAAAUAUUUAUCUAAUAAAUUCAGACAAAACACGACGGUCAAGUUUUCGACAAGGGUGACGGCUUGAGGAUGUUGUGCGAGAAGAUGAAGUGCGAUUUGAAGGUUUCUUUUUGGUUUUUUUUUGAAAUUUUAAAGUUUAGGGACAGACCCUUCAUCAUGUAGAGUUAGUUCUGAAUUUUUUCUGAAAAAUAAAGCGUCAUUUUUUUAAAAAAAUAAUGUUCAUUUACAGACAGAACAAAAAUAAAGUGUAUAAGAAUGGGGAAACUUUCAGUGGCCUCUAUAGGGUUUAGACGCUUUAGUGGCCACUAUAGUAGUCAAAUUAGUGAACACUUAAGAAGUUAAAAACUAGUGGCCACUAUAGAGGUCUAAGUGCUACUACAAGACCACUAAGAAUUUUAGUGGCCACUUUAGGGGUCAAUGGAUCAUCAUAACUGGCCCAAUCUGUUUGUUUUAAAAUUAUCAGAGUUACUGAAGGGAUACUGGAUGAAAAAUUACUGAAGUGCCCACUAAAACAGAAAUAGUGGCUACUGUAGAGGUGGGUUUAGUGGCCACUUUAGUGUCCUCUCCAAGUAGUUCUUGGCGAGCCUCUAUAAAGGCCACUACAAAUUUUUUGCAAUCUCUCCUUAUUUUCGGACCCUUUCCUGAACUCUUGGUUUCAGGAAGGAAAUGUCUUGGUUUGCGGGGACUCCCUGACGGAUUUGCCAAUGUUGCGGGAAUGUCUGGACCAGAACGCCAAUGGCGUCUAUACCAUUUGGGUCACUACUGAUGAAUCUCUCAAAAAACAGGUUGGUUUGGGGGAUUUUUGCAAAAAUACUUGGUGGAAGUUGCACCCGACUCAAAACGACUUUAGCGAGAAAAAGAUUUUCAAAACAGCUGCUAAUGUGAACUCCAGAGUGGUCCCUUUAGGGGAAAACCUUUGGGGUCCUUGAAGGUACCACUCUAGGGCCCAGAGUGGUCCCUAUAGGGUCAACUUUUGGGCCUUUCAAGUAGGGGGCGCAAAGCCCCGCCCCUUCACGCCACCAAAAUGACGAUUUUUUUGUUGCAGAAACGGUUUUGAGGCGUUUAUACUAGCUAAAGUCCCACUUUAAAAAUGAACUGUUGCUGUUAAUCUAUGUAAUCGACAACGCUCUACAAGACUGAAAAAUUUUUAAACUAUGUAUUUUUCAAAAAUAAGCGAAAAAGUAAGAUUUAACACGAAACAAACUGACAAGUUUCACAAAAUCGUCGCGUUUCAGAAAACCAAGUGAGGAUCGCUUCCAAAUUUUGAAUAUGUUACUUAUUAACACUUUCUUUAUUUUUUUCGAGUAAAAAAAUUUAAAAAAAGCUAACGACGCGAAAAAAAUAUUAAAGCUUGUAAAGUGACACCAAAACUUUGAAGCUGAAAUGCGAAAAAAAUUUCAGCGACAAGGUAUACUUUUUUUAUUUGGUUUAAAAAAACUCACAAUGUGUCCAAAAAAAUAAAAAAAUUCAGAAAUGAAAAGAAUUAUUGGGACAGCGAAUCAAAUUAUAUUUGAGUUUUUACCAAAACCUCCUUUUUUUCGCCUGCCUCGUUGUCGCAUGAGAGAAUAGGAUCGCGUCUAUACUUUUUGUUUAUGUUAUUAAGCGUUCAAAAACUCUAUCAAUGAAAAAAAUUAUGAAAAAAAUCUAACGACGCGAAAAAAAUAACGGCUUUGAAAAACCUCGAAAAAAAUGGCAAUUUUUUUGAAAUUUUGGAAGAAUUCGUGCAAGCAUUCGUAGCUGUGUUUGCGUCAAACACACCGAUGCGCCAUUUUAAAUGUUGCAGGAGCCGUUUUUCGGAGUCAAACUGCACUUUUUCCUGUUUUAUUUCGAAAUAACAUUAUUUUUCAUUUUUUCUUUCUUUCAAAUCGAAUGAUAAUGAUUUUUCUGAUUAGAAAAAAGAAAAAUAAGCUGAAAAUUCCUUCUGACCUUUUUUCUAAGUAGUUUUUUGAUAUUUUAUCAAAAAUUCUUAUGAGAGUUAUACAAAAGAAUUGUACCAAAACAUUGAGCUCAGUUCGGACAACCUCUCAGAACAGAAAACCGAUUCGAAAACGGUUCAGAAAUGCGCAAAAACAUUUAAAAAGAAAGCGUGCGGCAGCGGGUAAACCGUGAGAUUUUGCCUCCAGUUGAACGCCGCGCGCGCUAGUUUUUUGGCCAUAACUUUUUUCUUAGUGGAGCUUUUUUCAAAAACUAAACGGAUUAUGAAAAUGGACAGUCUCCUCUAUCGAACAGUGUAAAAAACAUAUUUUUUGGAUCGUUUUGAAGAAAUGGCUUGCGGACCCUACUUUCAAGGUUCCUCUUUAACCAGCAUACCUUUCUGUAUAGGAGCGGAUAAAGCUGACGGAAUUGGCCCCUAUAGGGGUUUUUAGUUAGUGGCCCCUCUAGGGGAGCUUGUCAGCCGUUAUGAGAACUUUCCAUGCAAAAAACUCAAUAACUUGAUCGAAUUUUCCUUUUUCAUUUUCGAAACUGAACGUAAAACUUAAAAGACCCUAUAGGGAUCACCUGAAUUUCAUCCCUAUAGCGGGUUGUUUUCCUUGAACCCUAUAGGGAUAACUCUGGCAUUACUGAAAACCGCGACGCGACCGCAAAACUUCGAACCAUUCCAAAUGCGACCAGCGCGUUUUUCCAUUAAGGUUAAUAGAUAAUACUUUCAAAGUAUAUUUUGAAUCAUCGUCAUUUUAAUAACUAUUCCGUGAACAGUAACGAACGUUUAAAAUGUUUUCUCUGAACGAUGACGUCAUCAACUUUCUAGGUGACGUCACUUUGCGGUGAAUACGGUAACGGACAGAUCGCGUUCGUCUCGUGUCCAGAAGUCCUGCUCGGGGCCAUGGCCCAAGCAACAAUCCGAGAAAUCAGUAUUGCUCGACCUCGUUUGUUCUCCACUUCAGAGGGCUCUCCAUUGUAA